UCUACUCAUCGCUGAUAUCUGAGACCGCGAUCCAUUCGGAGAAAAAGGGCGCGAUGGUGAGAUCAGUUCUUCGGGGAGCCUGUUUCCGGCCAUCUCUGGCCAGGGCAGUUCCAAUUGCUCGGAGCAUCCAGAGAGCCUCAUUCUCGAGUAGUAUACACUACAGAACGUCCGAUGACCAGGCCUUGAAUAAAAUCAGCGGAAAUGUCACCUUACCGAAGGCGCAGGGUGCCUCGCAGGCAAUGCUGUAUGCCACGGGCUUCACGGAAGCAGAUAUGCAUAAGGCGCAAGUGGGAAUCGUGUCCAAUUGGUUCUCAGGGAAUCCGUGCAACAUGCAUCUUAUGACUCUGAACGAUAAGGUGAAGGAGGGAGUGCAGAAAGCUGGUCUGAUGCCCAUGCAGUUCAAUACAAUUGGCGUCAGCGAUGCUAUUUCGAUGGGGACGAAAGGGAUGAGGUACUCCCUGCAAUCCCGAGACGUCAUCGCAGACUCGAUUGAGACGAUGAUGUGUGGCCAAUGGUACGAUUCGAACAUCUCAAUCCCUGGUUGCGACAAGAAUAUGCCGGGUGUGGUCAUGGCCAUGGGCCGUGUGAAUCGACCAUCGAUCAUGGUAUAUGGAGGCACCAUCGCUCCCGGAUGCGCGAAGACCCGGGAAAACGAGCAGAUAGAUAUCGUCUCCGCAUUCCAAUCCUACGGACAGUUCCUCUCCGGAGAGAUCAAUGAGGAAUCCCGCUUCGACAUUAUCCGCAACGCGUGUCCUGGACAAGGUGCCUGCGGUGGUAUGUACACUGCUAACACCAUGGCUACCGCAAUCGAAACCAUCGGCCUUUCGCUCCCGGGCUCGUCCUCUAACCCUGCCGCAUCCGCCGCGAAGCAGCUUGAAUGCUUGGCAGCAGGCAGCGCGAUUAGGAACCUCCUGAAGGAAGAUAUCCGACCCAAAGACAUCAUCACCCGCCAGGCGCUUGAAGACGCAAUGGUCAUCACCAUGAUCCUCGGUGGCUCCACCAAUCUGGUCCUGCAUCUCAUCGCGAUGGCAGAUAGCGUGGGCAUCAAACUCACUAUCGACGACUUCCAAUCCGUAUCCGACCGCACCCCCUAUCUCGCCGACCUCAAGCCAUCCGGCAAGUACGUCAUGGCCGACCUCUUCGACCUCGGCGGCACGCCAGCCAUCCAUAAGUUCCUCCUCAAAGAAGGUUUAAUCAGCGGCUCCGGCAUCACCGUGACGGGUAAGACACUAAAAGAGAACGUCGCCAACGCACGCGACCUCCCCUCCGACCAACAAAUCAUCCGCCCGCUAAGCAACCCCAUCAAACCCACUGGACACAUCACGAUCCUCCGCGGGUCCCUCGCACCGGGCGGCUCCGUCGGGAAGAUCACCGGCAAGGAAGGCACGACGUUCGAAGGCACCGCGAAGGUCUACGACGCCGAAGACGACUUCAUCGCGGCGCUGGAGCGCAACGAGCUGAAGAAGGGUGAGAAGACCAUCGUCAUCAUCCGCUACGAGGGGCCGAAAGGCGGGCCCGGCAUGCCUGAGAUGUUGAAGCCGUCGAGCGCGAUCAUGGGCGCCGGUCUGGGCAACGACGUGGCGCUGAUCACGGACGGGCGGUUUAGUGGUGGGAGCCACGGGUUCUUGAUCGGACACGUUGUGCCGGAGGCGCAGGAGGGUGGACCCAUCGCGCUGGUGAAGGACGGUGACGUGAUCGAGAUCAACGCGGAGACGCGAGAGGUGAAUCUGAAGGUGGAUAAGGAGGAGCUGGACAGGAGAAGGCAGUUGUGGACGACGCCGAAGUUGAAGUAUGAGAAGGGGACGUUGUAUAAAUAUGCGAAGAGCGUCCAGGAUGCGAGCCAUGGCUGCAUUACGGAUGGCUGAGAGGUUGUUUAUACAUUAGUGCAAAAGCCCUCGGAUGCCUACCUUACGGCGUUGAAAAGUUGGUUGAAUAGAUACUGGUAACAUGCUCUCAGCGUUGUUGACCAUCCUGUGAAGACAAAAUCCCUACCUUUUGACCUGGCGUCCUUUCCAAUGGGCACUGGGUGUUACUGAGGUAGGGAAUAUCAAAUACAUGGACUUUCUAUCGGUAUUCAGUUCCUCUUGUCUGGUCAAGUUGUAGCUCGUUUACUGACAUCCCAUGCAAUAUUGUUCUUUUAACAUCUAUUUGCCAUGCGCUUCACAGC